AUGUGCAUUUGCGCGGUGCUGCUGCAUGGCCAUCCCGAGUUCCCGUUUGUGCUCGUGCACAACCGAGACGAAGCCUGGGAUCGGGAAACCGAGGAGACCAAAGAACAUGACAGAGGUCUGGUCUUCGCCCGCGAUGGCGAAGCUGGCGGUGCCUGCCUGGGCGUGAACGUGAUCUCUGGAGCAAUUGCGGCGCUAACGAACACCAGGUCCAACGUGCCGCGGCCCAAGGGAAAGGCUGAGCCGUCGCGUGGCCAACUUGUGCUGCAUGCGUUGGAACAUCCCGAUGCUCCAGAUGGAGGCGACUACUCAGCCUUUUCGCUCUUCCACGGCAUCGCUGCCGGAGAAGAUCCGAA